AUGGGGGGCUUCGGGGCGGUGUGGAGCGCCCUGGACGGGACGUGGCGGUGGCCCAGGCUGUUGCUGGUGCUGAGCUUGCUGCUGCAGCGGUACCUGGGCUCGGUGUUGGACUGUCCGCCCACCUGCAGCUGCUCGCCCACCGACAUCUUCUGCAACAAGUCGGACGACAGCAAGUUCUUCCCGCCGCUGUCUUUCCAGGGCCAAAGCUCUGGCAACGGCAGCGCAGGCAUCGAGGACCAGUUUCAGAAUAUCACCUCCAUAUACAUAGAGAACUGGACUGGUCUGCAGACACUCGGAGACGUCGAAAUGGCACUCUACACUGGUCUACAACGGCUAACCAUCACAAAGAGCAAUCUACAUUUCCUUCAAGACCGCAUCUUCCACAAGAAUCUACAACUACGCUACAUAAAUUUAUCGAAGAACCCCAUGUUGACCAGACUAUCCUGGGAGGUCUUUGAUAAACUGCAGCUUUUUGAACUGCAUUUGGAGGACGUGGUGUUCGAGUGCGGCUGUGGCAUCCGCUGGCUGCAACUAUGGCAACAGCAAGGGGAGGCGGGGCUGGGCAGUCAGGACCUGUACUGUGAAGAUGACUAUGGGAAAAUGUUUCUACAGGACAUGAACAUCAGCAACUGUGAGCUGCCCGACAUCAGCGUGAGUCACAGUAACCUUACAGUGGUGGAGGGGGGCCGGAUCAUCGUCACCUGUAAUGGGACUGGGUCUCCAUUACCUGAGGUGGACUGGCCUGUCGAAGGACUUCACUCGAUCAACUAUCAACCAGAGCCCGCGUUUUAUGAAAACACUCACUCCAUCAACAUCACUUUGGCUGAUAUUAGUCGAGACGACAACAACUACGUAUUAACGUGCAUCGCCACCAACAUCGUGGGAAUGACCAACGCCUCAGUCCUCCUCACUGUGCACUUCCCUCCGACCAUAAUGAGGCUGCGAGAGCCCGAGCGUCGCCAUGACACCUGCAUCGAGUUCACCGUGCGAGGCUCCCCCACCCCGUCUCUGCGCUGGUUCUACAACGGAGAGGAGAUUUCCCACUCUGAGUUUGUGCGUCCAGACAUGGAUUAUUUCCAGGAUUACAUUGAGGGUUGCCUUACCUUUAAAAACCCAACUCAUCGCAACAACGGGAACUACACUUUAGAAGCCAUCAACUACCUGGGCGUGGCCAACAGCACCGUGUACGGCCAUUUCCUCGGACAGCCUUUCGAUGAAUCUGAGCCUGAGGAUUAUGACUAUCUUACUCCCACUCCAGAGACCCAUAAACCAGAUGAAAGGUUUGGUGUCUCCAUUGCAGUCGGCCUGGCAUGCUUCGCCUGUGUGAUGCUUGUGAUUCUCUUCCUGCUCAUCAACAAAUAUGGACGCCGCUCCAAGUUUGGCAUGAAAGGUCCUGUUGCAGUUAUAAGUGGGGAGGAAGACUCAGCCAGUCCUCUUCAUCACGUCAACCACGGCAUCAUGAGUCCCUGCACACUGGACCCCACCUCUGACGCAGUGGUGAUCGGAAUGACCAGGAUCCCGGUCAUCGAAAACCCUCAGUACUUCAGACACGGACACAACUGCAGCAAACCAGCCACAUAUGUGCAGCAUAUUAAACGACGGGACAUCAUUUUAAAGAGGGAACUGGGAGAAGGAGCAUUUGGCAAAGUGUUCCUGGCAGAGUGUUACAACCUGAGCCCCACAAAAGAUAAGAUGCUCGUGGCAGUCAAGACUUUAAAGGACCCAACUCUUGCUGCGAGGAAAGACUUCCAACGGGAGGCAGAACUGCUGACGAACCUGCAGCACGAGCACAUAGUGAAGUUCUAUGGGGUUUGUGUGGACGGGGAUCCUCUCAUCAUGGUCUUUGAGUACAUGAAGCACGGAGACCUGAACAAGUUUCUCAGAGCUCACGGGCCGGACGCCUUGAUCCUUGUGGACGGGCAGCCGCUGCAGACCAAUGGGGAGCUGGGCAUAUCCCAGAUGCUGCACAUCGCAAGUCAGAUCGCCGCGGGGAUGAUCUACCUGGCAUCACAGCACUUUGUCCACCGAGACCUGGCCACCAGGAACUGUUUGGUGGGCAAUGGCCUCCUGGUGAAGAUAGGGGACUUUGGCAUGUCCAGAGACAUAUACAGCACGGACUAUUACCGGGUGGGAGGUCACACCAUGCUGCCUAUCCGAUGGAUGCCUCCAGAAAGCAUUAUGUACCGAAAGUUUACCACUGAGAGCGAUGUCUGGAGCUUUGGAGUCAUUCUGUGGGAGAUCUUCACCUACGGCAAACAGCCGUGGUUCCAGCUGGCCAACAAUGAGGUAAUCGAGUGCAUCACCACCGGCAGAGUGCUGGAGCGGCCACGCGUCUGUCCCAAAGAGGUGUACGACAUGAUGCUAGGCUGCUGGCAGAGAGAGCCACAACAACGCCUGAACGUCAAAGACAUUCAGAAGAUACUGUUCACGCUGAUGAAGGCCACUCCCGUCUACCUGGAUAUACUGGGAUAG